AUGAGUCUGGGAUUGAACCCGGAUCGCCUUGACAGCGACACCAAAGCUGUUGCCUCACCGUUUAUAGGCAUCAUCUCAAAGUGUUUUGAGGCCCACCUGGACGUCUAUAUAGAAUCACAGGACAGAAACCUAGCCGAUCUGUUGACGAGAUUCCUUGAGGAUUUCCGCCAGUAUGGCACGCCGAGGAUCGAGUCAGAGGAGGGCAGCAACGUGUUGCCUAGCAGUGCCGACCUGUUUGUUUGCUACAAGAAGUGCGUCGUCCAGUGCUCACAGCUCUCCACAGGGCAGCCCAUGGUUGACCUUACGAGAACAUUCCAGAAAUAUCUCAAAGAGUACUCCGUCCGCAUCUUGCUCAAUAAUCUGCCCAAGAUGUCAAGCCAGAGCAGCAACAUCACAUCAGCCUCAGGCCUCAUCCAGUCGAUCCUGAAGGAAGGGGAGGUAAGCAAGCUGACAGAGGAAGAGCAGUGUCGAGCCUGCGCGAUCCUGUGCACCGCUGAGUACUGCAUGGAGACUACACACCAGCUGGAGGAGAAACUAAGGGAGAAAGUAGACGGGGAGCUGGUGGCCAAGAUUGACCUGAAUGCUGAGCAGGAUCUCUUUCAUAAUGUGAUAUCCAACUGUAUAAACAUCUUGGUCCAAGAUUUGGAGACUUCCUGCGAGCCUGCCCUGGCAGCAAUGAGCAAGAUGUCCUGGUCGUCAGUAGAGGCGGUGGGGGACCAGAGUGGCUAUGUGACCGCCAUCACGGGGCACCUGAAGACUGCUCUGCCCCUCAUCAGGGACAACCUGUCAUCUUCACGCAAAUACUUCACACAGUUCUGUAUCAAGUUUGCCAAUGUCUUCAUUCCUAAAUUUAUUGGCAGCCUGCACAAAUGCAAAUCUGUUACUCCAGUCGCAGCCGAACAGUUGCUAUUGGACACACAUUCCCUGAAGACCAUUCUUCUAGAUCUGCCAUCUUUAGGGUCCAGCAUAUCUAGGAAGGCUCCAGCUAGUUACAUCAAAAUUGUACAAAAAGGAAUGACCAAAGCUGAAAUGCUUCUGAAGGUGAUGAUGUCACACCAUGAGCCUGCCAAGGUGUUCAUUGACAACUACCUGCGUCUCCUCUCCGAUUCUCCUGACAUUGGAGAGUUCCAAAAGGUCUUAGAAAUGAAGGGACUGAAAAGGAGUGAGAUCAGCUCGCUGGUGGAUAUGUAUCGCGCCCACAUGCCUGUCUCCAUGGCAAUAGGGCGCCAAGGCUCGGACACCUUGACUCACACGCAGGCUAGCACGGCCACCUCCACCCCUGAGCCCGAGUCCAGCAGGAUACGCAAGCUUGAGAAACUCAUCAAAAAGAGGCUUUGAGCGAUAUUGAGAUGUCAUCUGGGGAAAAUGGGCUUGUUGCACAGUGUCCUCACAGAUUAGCUUGUGCAGUAUGCACAGGCUGGUCAGGGUCAACACUUCGCAGAUACUGGAUUUUCAUCUAGAACAUACUUCAUCUUACAAAAAUAUCAUACAUGCAGUAAGUGUCCUCCCUGAUUAGCCUGUGCACAAUGCACUGUCUAAUCUGGGGCGAUACUUUACUCACUUGCAUUAAACCGAUUGUCUUUGGAGUGAGGCCAAGGUAAUAGGGCACAUUUAAUGGUGUGCUAGUGUGUUAAUGGAACUGUUGUGUCUGGGCAAGCUAGAUGAAUCCAUUAAAGUAAUUCUUUAAGAAACAUAGAUAACAACUUAGCAUGUUAGUUCUGUGUUGGUGUUUAUGUACGGGCUUACCAUUGGUAGUAUCAGGAAGACUAAAGAAUGUUCAUAGAUAAACUAAUAUGGAUGAUGAGUGUUUCAUUAGUAAAAAUGAAGUUAAGCUCAAAUGUAUACAAUGUAAAUACAUUCUUCAGCACCAACAAUCUAGUUUUGAAGUAAUUGAUACAGACAAUGUUGUUUUUAAAUCACUGCCAAGAGACAAAAUCAUAUUGAAAACUAAAACUGUUUCAUGUGAGUUUUCUGAACUUGUUUUAAAAUCCACUUAAUCACAAAGUUAAUUUCUUUUACAUGGUAGUAAAUAAGUUGCCAAAAGUUUAAUUACCAGUAUGUUAUCAAUGUUAUAAUUACAGUAUGUUAUCAAUGUUAUAAUUACAAUCUGCCAAAAUCAAUACAAAAAUCUGUAAUUGGUUUCAUAUAUCUAUAUUUGGUGACUUGAAUUUCUGUAAUUAUUUAAAACUAAGCAGAUGUUCACACUUUACACUUUUUCUCAGCAACGUGCACUUUGGCUUCUUAUUCAUCACUUUUAAUGCCCUCAACGGAGGGCAUAUAGUGAUCGGACUCUCUGUCCGCCUGUCUGUCCGUCUGUCUUUCCGUCACACUUUGCGUUUAGGUUUCGAAAAAUGCUCAUAACUUCUAUUUCGCUUCAGAUAGCAACAUGAUAAUUGGCAUGCAUGUUUAUCUCAUGGAGCUGCACAUUUUGAGUGGUGAAAGGUCAAGGUAAUCCUUCAAGGUCAAAGGUCAAAAAUAUGGCUUCAAAGCGGCGCAGAAGGGGGCAUUGUGUUUCUGACAAACACAUCUCUUGUUAGUGAUAAUCGAGAAAUUUACGUUGUAUAUCUCAUGUUUAUUACUUUGACCCCAUUCCUGUUUGCUGGGUUGGCAUUUUUUACAGUCUCUUAAAAAUGUGUUCUCAACUUAUGCAUUCCUUGUUUGCAUGAACUUUCUGCUUAGUGCACAAUUAUUAUCAAUGUAUUUUUAUGCUCCCGGCAGGGUGGCAUAUAGCAGUUGAACUGUCAGUACGUUUGUCUGUCUGUCUGUGUGUGUGUCGGUCCGAAAACUUUAACAUUGGCCAUAACUUUUGCAAUAUUGAAGAUAACAACUUGAUAUUUGGCAUGCAUGUGUAUCUCAUGAAGCAGCACAUUUUGAGUAGUGAAAGGUCAAGGUCAUCCUUCAAGGUCAAAAGUAAAAAAAUACAAUCCUAGGGAAGUAAUAAGCUUUAAAAGGGAGAUAAUUUCUAAACCUGCCAAAUGAUAUAUUGACAUUUUAUUUCAAAACGGCGUAAUAGGGGGCAUUGUGUUUCUGACAAACACAUCUCAAUAUUAUUUACUCACUUAUAGCCUUAUUAAUUACUUAAUGUUUAUUUGUAAUUUAGUUUAAUUUAUUAAUUUAAUUUAAUAAAGUAUAACAUGACCUUCAUUAGACUGAAGUAAAAAUAGUUUUAGGGUAAACAUUUUUUUUAAAUGUGCCUCGAUAAUAAACCAGGCAACUGAUUGUGUUCAAAAAAAUGAUGUUCAAUACAAGAUUUUGACAUUUUCAAACAAAAAUUUCACAGUUGUAAUUUAACUGACAUCCUGUAAUCUUGCGAUAAAUAUACGUGUAGUAUGCGAUAAAUGGGGAUAAGUAUAACUUCAAGGCAAGACAUGCGUGUUCUAAACAUUCCAUAGUUGAAGCAUUGGAUUGAAUGUUCCUGUAAAUGUAUAAUUGGUUUAUUUUUGACAAACUGGUCAAAUGUGAAUGUAGCAGCUUGCUUUGGUUGUUUUAUAAAACAAAGGUAUUGCACAAUAAACUAAGCCAUUGCGCUGUUGAAAAAAGGACAACAUGCUACAAACAUGCAAAUGUCUUAAGCAUCUUCAAGAAAUGUUUGUGUAGAAAUUUCUGGAAAUAUUUAUUGCACCAAAAAUAGAAUUUGUGUGUAUUCUUUAUUGCUUUUAUUCAGUUUUGACAAAAAAAUGUUGCCUACAUAUUUUUAUAACAAUUUACUUCAGAGAAACAGUUAACACCAAGUAUGCUAACAUAGAAUGCUUUAUGGUAUGUGCUAACUAUUGCAAACUAAACACAAAACAAGGUCUAAAGUUUUCAACAGUAUUGUAAAUGAUUAGAAACUAUUCAUAUUGUUUAUUAAUGUAAGCCAUUUUAGCCUGGUUAUGUCAUUACUGCUACUGGUUUUCUUAAAUAAUUGUUACUGAACCAUGUUGUGUGAAAAUGGGUCUUAGGACAUAUGCAGCCAGCGUAGCUCCAGCCAAGCAUGUCCUUUCAUCUGAUCAAGAUUUACCUGGUCCAAUAAGGUCACAUUAGGUUUUGUUGCCUCAAAAGCAGAUAUUUUAACUCCUCAUCAUAAUAAAUUGAUGCAGAGGCAUAUACACUGUUCUCACAUACUCUAAGGCCCAUUUUCGCAGGAUGUCACUGAGUAAGUUAUGCAACUGCUUCCUCUGGGCAAUGUGCAAUCCAGUUAAAGAAUGUAUGAAAAAGUUACAUGCUUAUGUAGUCUAAAGUGAAUAUAAAUAUAAUUGUUUUCGUUGUGUUUGCUGAAAUUUGCAUAUCUUACAAAUUGUUUUUGAAAAAGAAAUUUGUUCUUGUUUUGUUGUCUCAAAUAAACUUAAAAUUAAUAAUUAAAUACAAUUUCUUCAGAAUAAUUUUAAUUGCAUCUUUUUCAUUGUGAUAUGCAAUGUUAAUAAAGUUGACGAAAGUA